AAAUUAGGACUUCAAAUUUAAAAACCGGGUUCAAAAUAUAAAAUAAAAUCAAAACAAAGAACAUAGAUGUCUUGCUACGUUUACCGAGGAUUUAGAUAAAGUUCCAGGAUGCAUAUAAUCGGAAGCUUAAUACAGCAUAAAUCCUACACUAAAAGUUAAUUGUAUUUAUUUCAAUUUAUUGCCUUUUAAUGCUAUAUUGUCUAAUAGUUAGCAAAAGUACAUAAUGUUUAUUUACAUGAGUAAAAAGAUAGCCAUCCCAAAGCAGUCAAAAGUUUCUUGCAUAUCAUGGAAUCAUUCAUCGGGAUAUAUUGCAGUUGGUGGAGAAGAAGGGAUGUUAAAAGUUUUAAAAUUGGAAUCGGGUGGUGGAGGAAAUUUGUCAAUGAAUUUGAGUCUCGAGGGUCACACUGGCCAAAUAUGUGUGGCAAUAUGGAAUGAAGUUUUCCAGAAACUAACAACUAGUGAUGAACAUGGUGUCAUUAUUGUAUGGAUGCUAUACAAGGGAUCUUGGUAUGAAGAAAUGAUAAAUAAUAGAAAUAAAUCAACUGUUUCCAGUAUGUGUUGGGGUUCAGAUGGACAAAAAAUUUGCAUUGCCUAUGAAGAUGGAGCUGUAAUCGUUGGUUCUGUAGAUGGAUCUCGAGUGUGGGGUAAAGAUAUAAAAGGACCAGGCUUGGCUGCUGUUCAAUGGUCUCCGGAUAAUUCAAGUCUACUUUUUGCAUUAAGUAAUGGGGAACUGCAUUUAUAUGACGACCAAGGAAACUUUAUGAUGCCAGUAGCUGUGAAUGGCAUUACUGGACCUAUGGAAGUAACUACAAUGGAUUGGUUUCCUGGCACGGCUCCACGCAAUAGACCUGUUUUAGCAGUUUGUUACCGUGGAGGUAUGCUGUUACUCAUGAAGAAUUGCAUUGAAGAAGAUAGUAUUCUAAUAGAUACGAAUAUGACGACAAUUGAUUGUCAUUGGAAUCACAUUGGUACAGUACUAGCUGUAGCAGGUCACACUAGCGAUAAUACAAAUGUAGUGCAAUUUUUUACUGCGUAUGGGGAGCAUAUAAGAACUUUAAGGGUACCAGGUGGUACAAUGAGAGCACUGUCGUGGGAGAAGCGCUCGCUGCGACUCGCUAUAGCGGUAGAUUCGUUCAUAUAUUUUGCAAAUGUGAGACCGGACCACAAAUACGCCUUCUACGGAAAUACGUUAGCUUUCAUAUCUGGCGCUGAAACUGUUACUUUUUGGGACACUGUAACUAACCAGUCUUGGGUGAACCAUAUACCUGACGUUAUCGACAUGUAUGGAGCAGAAGAGUAUUGUAUAAUUGCAACAGUAAAUACGCUUAUAAUAUCGAAUCAACAGGGAAUCCAGUGUGACGCUAAAACAGUAAACGUAUCCAUGGCUUAUGUUACAAUCAAUAGCAAAGCUAUUGCAGUAGCUGCAUCGAAAGAAUCCUUCAUGGUAUGGAAAUUUUCAACUCCGUCACGAUCAUUGACUUCAGAACAGCUGUUCCAUCCCGAUGGUACUUUAUUAACAGCUAACGGUACCGCGUUUCAAGACGACACGAUAUGUUGUCUCGCGUGCUCCGACAGUCAUCUACUGAUCGGUCGAGAUUCCGGUACGAUACUGCUGUUCUCUUUACUAAGCUUCAAAAGAAUCACGUCGAUCAAUAUCAAUUCGAGACCGUAUAAAAUGAGUUUGAACUCUAAUUCAAGUAAGUUUCUAGUUAUCGAUCAGCCGGGAUGUCUACAUAUUUUGGACACCGAUAUGUCAAAUAAUAUAAGUGUCGGUCAAGCGUUGCGCAAGGACGUGUGGAGCGCGAUGUGGGCCACGGACAACCCUCACAUGCUGGCUGCGGCUGAGAAGGCGCGACUCUACGUCAUGCGGGACAACGAGCCCGAGGAGCCGCUCGUCAUGCAGGGAUAUCUAUGUAAAUUUAAGGAACUGGAAAUAACUACAGCAUUAUUAGAUAACUUGUCUGACAAAUGCUCACCGCAACACAUAGUACGUGUCGAAGUGAAAUCGCUCAGAGACACGAGGCAGCUCAUUGAAAAAGUCGGAUUGAAAGAAGCGGAAAACUUUAUAAAAGAUAAUCCCCACCCGCAAUUAUGGUUACUGCUCGCUGAAGCGGCCUUGAGGAAAUUUGAAUCUGAGAACGCAGUCGAAACGGCCGAAGCUGCGUUUGUUAGGCGAAAUGAUUACGCAGGAAUUAAAUUUGUAUCGCGACUGAAUGCACUACAUUCCAGUGCCCUUAAGAAAGCCGAAAUAAUGGCAUAUUUCAAAGACUUCGAUGCCGCUGAAAAGAUUUAUUUAAACGAAGACAGACGAGAUUUAGCUAUAGCUUUACGUAAGCGUUUAGGACAUUGGUUUCGUGUGGUUGAACUUUUGAAAAUGUCGGCGAACACCACCGAUGCACACAUUAAACAAGCCUACGUCAAUAUUGGGGACUUCUACAUUGAUAGACAAAAUUGGAGCGGUGCUUUGGAAUACUAUAAAAUGUCCAAUAACACAGAAGGAUUGAAGAAAUGUUACAUGGCAUUAGAGGAUAAUGAAUCACUUUCCAAAUUAUUCAUAAGUUCUCCGAGAACCACAAAGGAUACAAAAUUAAAACAAAAUGACGCUGAACUCUUGGACAGUAAAAUAAAUGAGCAGCCCUCCAUACAGUAUAUAAUACAACUUAAAGAGAGUGGUCGAACUAUUCAGGCUGCUAAUAUGGCGUUUCAGUUGGCUAAUGUCGAAGCUUCAAAAAAUGCAUCACCUCUGCGAAUAAAGAAGCUAUACAUACUGGCGGGUCACUUGUACAAUCAAAACCCAGGAGCGGCAGGGUGCACGGGAGCGGAGUGGUGGCGGCGUGGGGCGGCGCAGCACUGGCUGGCGACAGCCGCCUCCCCGAUGCGCCCCGACGCCGCCCUGCGCGCCGCCGCCCGCCUGCACGCGCUACUACCGGCGCUGCACCCCGCACAACAUCGCGCUGCCUGGUGCACAAUAGCCUCAAUAGCUAUUCAAAAUCGAGCAUUCGACCUGGCUUCUAAGGCGUUCAUUAAACUCGAAGCGAUGGACCCUGCUGUGUUCGAGAAUCUGGCAGUGGAAAUAUUUACGAGGUGCAGACCUAAAGAUGCAAAAGGAAACAGAAUCGAGUGUCCGAAUUGUGAAGGUUCAAUGCCGGAGUGGGUAUCGUCGUGUCCGCGGUGUUCGUGGCAGCUGGAGACGUGCGCAGUGUCAGGUCGGAGUCUGCACGGCUCGCACACGCUGUGGUGUUGCCGCGUGUGUGACGCGCGCGCUCCCAGACACGAGCUCGUCCUGAGGCACUCUUGUCCCUUGUGUCACGCAGAGCUCGCCUGAACAGAACACAGGCUUGCAAGAGUACUCAACGGUAGGCAGCGACCAGACAGUGGCAGCGGCGGCCAUUUAAAAAAAAAAUCUGAUAUCUAUGAGACUCCCGAAAUAAGUAUUUUUCUUAAUCUCGGUUAUGUAAAGACCAGUAAUGGUCUAUUUCAAAAUAUUUUAUGAUUUCUUCUUAUUGAUAAGUUAUAUAAUUUGUUAAUGUUAAGACACAUCUUAAUGAUCUCUCAACUACAUUUAUCUAUGUCCUCUCGAAUAAGAUUAGUAACAUGUGUGUGUGAACUUUGAAUCGGUUCUUUUAUUUUUUUUCCUUUCUCUCCCUUAUGAUAUUCUUAUUUGUGAGUAUAUUUAGAGCUUGACUAAAUAUAUAAAAAAA